GAGGAGAAGCAGGACGCGGCUGCUGCAGAGGAGACCCACGUGCGGCCGGAGGGAGGCAUGGAGGCGCCCGGCCAGAAGGAGGGCCCUCCCCGCUUCCAGUGCCCGGUGGAAUUCUCAGCCAGCGCCUUUGCCCCUGGGCCGCCCUUCUCCCCAGAGAUGCUGCAGGACCCUUCGAAGCAGCUGUUGCUGAUCAGAGCCCCAGCUAACUUCAGCCCAGAGAGCUUGGAUGGGCAGGUCGUAUCCCUGUCGGCCUUCCAGACCGUGAAGGCAAUGCAGCUGGAUAGGAUGCAGAAAGUCUACAGCGUCCAACCGACUCCGGGGGAUCUGGGCGGCUUUGCCCACCUGCUCGUCCCUUCAGGCCAGGAGGACCAGCUCACCUGCGCCCCUCCAUUCAGCGGCUCCCUGAGCAUCUGGGAGAGAUAUGGGGACCCCAGUGCCAACCAGCCCCUCUUGCCAGUGGCAGACAGGCCAGCCCCCCAGAUCCCAGAAGGCCUCAAGCAGCGUUUCUUGCCCUUUGGAGGCCAGCUAAUGGGACCCCCUCCUCCUCCCCAGCAAGCUGUGGAGAAGCCACCCCAGAAGAAGAAAAAGAAGCGGCAGCUUCAGGCGGUGGGGGACGUGGGGGAUCCUGAGGAGCAGCUGCCUCUGAAGCCUGAGCUCUGGGUGGGGAGAGGGCCAGAGGUGCCUUCUGGGGGAUCCACGGUGCCUGUGGAGGAUUCUCAGCCGAGCAGCAUCUUGGGGUCUGCCUCUCAGGAAAGCCUCUGGUCAGCAGAGGAGGAGCCAAGCCGUAAGAGCAAGAAGAAGAGGAAGAGGAGGCAGAAGGAAGAGAUUGUGCAGGAGGAGGAAGUACUGCUGAAUCCCGGCUCCAUAAACCAGCUGCCCGAACUUGACCCCUGCUUGCCAGGUGGGGAGCCGGAGCCCCACACAGGAGAGAACGGGAGCUCCGGGAUGGAGGGGCUGGUUCGGCGCAAGCACAAGAAGAAAAGGAGGCGUGAAGAGGAGGCAGCGGCCAAGGAGGCCAUGACACGGGUGGACGUUGCCUCCGUUAAGGAAGAGGUGGCUACAGAGCCCUGGGAGUUGGGGUGGGCGGGGGACAUCCCGGAGGGCAGCCUAGCCGUAGCAGACGAGGAGCUCGGGACGGGCCUCCCAAGCCGCAAGUCCAAGAAGAAGAAGAAGAAGGAGAAGGUGAAGGCUGAGGAGGAGCAGGAUGGGGGGGGACUGUUGCUGGAGCCCAGCUCUAUAAAACAGGAGCUGCUGGGCUACGAUGAACUGGAGGCCCCCUCUGGACCGGGCGUGGAGCUGGAGGAGUCAUCAGGAGCCACGGCGGAGGUGCCACGCCAAAAGCACAAGAAGAAGAAGAAGAAGCUCAAGAAGGAAGAAACAGAGGAGGGUCUGGGCUUCAUCAAGCAGGAGCUGAAGACCCCUCAGGAAUAAGACUACCCCGCUCCAGCCUUGAUGCGGGGACAAAAAUUGUACUCCUCCCUGGGCUCAGAAACCGUCUGUCCAAACCUCCCUGGGUCAGUUCUCUGAUGAGUUCAGCUUUAGCUGGGCUGCGCACCGUGGCGUGGAGGGGCGUCGGCCCUAAACUUGUAUGUGGCUGUGGAGGGGGCAGGGAGAAUGGUUCAGCUCCCAGAUCCUUCUUCCGGUUCCAUCUGCACCUCGGAAUUAAAUAAGGAACUCUGCGAUUGCACAGACAGAACUAGCAACCGACACUUCUCUCAAGGAUUUUUUAAAAAUAUAUUUUUCUUUUGCUUCAGUUUCCUAUUUCCCCAGAAGAAUAAGAGGCUCCCUCAAUGUU